CCCAUCUUAACAUUGUAUCCCAGACCUCAGAAAGGAGAGAGGAAUCACCCAUAUUCAAUAGCUGCUGUUUCAGGUGAAGCAUCCAGUCAACAUGGAUCCUCCCAGCCCUUCUCCCGAAAGAGCAGAAAGUGGCUAUUCUCCCAUAUUGGAGCAUAUUCAAGGAGAGGAUGAGCGCCAGAGACAACAGGAACGUUUGAACAGGGAAGAAGCCUAUUACCAAUUUAUCAAUGGAUUAAGUGAAGAAGACUACAGACUUAUGAGAGACAGUAACUUGCUUGGCACUCCAGGGGAAAUUACAGCAGAGGAGCUGCGGCAACGACUAGAUGGUGCAAAGGAGCGCCUGUCCUCCCAGCCUGGUAUCGAAAGUAAUGAAACAUUAGAAGAAAAUUUGAAUAGGGGUUCAGAUGUUUCUGGUGAAAAUUCCAAUGGAGAUUCAUUGCUAGAGUGGCUGAACACAUUUCGACGCACAGGAAACGCUACUCGUAGUGGACAAAGUGGAAAUCAGACCUGGCGGGCUGUAAGCAGAACAAACCCUAAUAGUGGAGAGUUUCGCUUUAGCUUGGAGAUCAAUAUUAAUCAUGACCAGCAGGACCACAGCUAUGAUUCUGGUAGUGAACAGGCAACUGAAAGAGCCACUUUGCUGGGCUCUGCCCGUCGAGGAACUGAGAGCAGAAGAUCACAAAGGUCAAUAGUUAAUUCCUCAAGGCGCACAAGGAACAGUGUCUCCAGGCUCAGUCCAGGUCCGCAGGCAACAGGCUCUAAUGUAAGAAUGAGGAGUACAAACAGAACAUCAUCAGAGAAUGCACCCUCUGCUACUGAGCAGCGAAUACCAAGGAAUAGUAGAAGAGGUAGAAACAGGAGUGCCUUGUACCUAAACACUGCUCAGAGGACUGAAGAGCAGCCAAGAAGACAAGAAUGUCCCGUUGUCACACAAGAUGAUCAUCAAGGAGAUACUUCUCUGACAUCAGAAGAUAGGAGUAACAGAAGUAGAAACAGAACAAGGAUUAAUGCAACGUCUGUAGGAGAAAAUCCAGCCCCACGCAGGCAAUCACGAACCUCUGCAUCCAGAAGAAGCCGUUCCCCUCUCCGCAGAUCAGGCAGUGAGACAUCUUAUGCUGUCCAAGGUGAUGUGGAAAUGGAUGCACUGUCUGAAAUGAUACCUAACAGAUUGGAUAGAACUGAAACUGUGAAUGAAGAGAGAGAACAGGCAAAUGGAAGCUCUGUUUUGCGAACAGCCUCUUCUGGAGUUGCCUCAGAGGUUGUUUCGGAGGAAGCUGAAAUAAAUAGCUCCUCUGCUGGCAGUGUAAGGAGACAUCCAACCAUAAUGCUGGAUCUUCAAGUUAGACGCAUCCGUCCUGGAGAAAACCGAGAUAGGGAUAGCAUUGCUAACAGAACAAGAUCAAGGGUCCGCAUGGCUGAAAACACUGUGACCUUUGAGAGUGACAGUGGUGGUUUCCGCCGUACCAUUUCCCGGUCAGAGCGAGCAGGAAUACGAACCUAUGUCAGCACCAUUCGUAUACCUUUACGUCGCAUAUCUGAGACUGGGUUAGGGGAGCCAUCCUCAGUGGCUCUAAGGUCCAUUCUUCGUCAAAUAAUGACAGGUUUUGGAGAACUUAGCUCUCUGAUGGAGACAGAAGCAGAUUCAGAUGUCAAUUCCAGUACUCUGUCAUUGGGAAACAGUCCUGAAGCCGCAUCAUUUCAGAUCCACUCUAAUGUCAGUAAUGCAUCUAGUGUGUCUCUAGAAAGUAGGCAGACAAAUGAAGACGUUGAAGAGCCACAUAGAAUCAGUCGAGGUUUACAGUCGGUGGGACAUAACUCUGAAAACAGAGAGAACAGACAGUCUAGCAGAGAUACAAACAAUCUUGUUGAAAAUGGUACAUUACCCAUCCUUCGCCUUGCCCAUUUCUUUUUGCUCAAUGAUGAGGACGAUGAUGAACACCCAAGGGGGUUAACCAAAGAGCAAAUUGACAACUUAUCAACCAGAAACUAUGGGGAAGGAAAUAUGGAAGCUGAACUCAGCAAAACAUGCAGUGUUUGCAUUAAUGAAUAUGCAGCAGGGAACAAACUGAGACGCUUGCCUUGUGCCCAUGAGUUUCACAUUCACUGUAUUGACCGGUGGUUGUCCGAGAAUUCCACGUGCCCCAUUUGUCGCCAGCCUGUGCUUGGUUCUCGCCAAACCUGAAUGUAAAUAAGCAAACUGUUUCCCUUGAAGAAUCUAACGUUUUGUAAAUAAGCUUUAAUGUUUUAAAUACAGUAUAAAAUCAUUGUUAUGUGCGGACCGUAGAACCAAAUAAGUAACUAAAGCUAUAUUUUUUUAGACAUUUUUUUUUUCUUGCUUUGGUGUGUUUUCCUUUUUGUUAAGCACUUUCUUGAUAGAGGCAUCAUUGUACAAUAAGUAAAAAUGCAUUUUUGCAGUAUUGAGUUCUUUCCCAAAGAAACGGGAAGCUUGCACAUAAAUCUUGUUGACAAAUUUAUCCUGAGGAGAAGCCAAGUUAUCUGUUAUUGUUAUUAACUCCUGUUCAUCAUUGUUAUAAAGACACAUACUCUAUAGUAGGAAUUUAAAUAUGUAAGGCCUUUCCCUUUGACAACUAUAACCUCUCACUAAAUCAGUUUUUAAUUGUUUUAAGGUAAUCUAAAGCAGUUUAAGUCCCUUGUGUAAUUAGUUGUUUUAAUAACAUCAGAACUAAUGCAGGUCAAAGCUUUUCUUUGCAAUUUAACUUAUUUCUUUUAAUAUGAUAAUUAUCAAAUUGAUGUUACUACUUCCAGUUGUUUUGGUUUUUUCUCAUUUUGUUUAGUUUCAUGUUAAUUGUUGUUUUGUUUCAUUAGUUCUUGGAGAUUAGUUUCUUUUCAGAAACCAUUAUUGUUAUUGGGUUGUUUUCUAUAAUUUUGGGUAAGUUAGAAAUUAAAAAUUUCUGUAUAUGGCAGGCAGUUAGUCAUCACAGUGCCUAUAAAUAGUAUUCAUCCCUUGGACAUUUUCCCAUUUUAUUAUUGUUCAACAUUGAAUCCCAGAGAAUUUAAUAUGGCCAUUUUGAGAUUGAUUAACAGAAAAGUAAUCUUAUGUCAUAGUGAAAACAGAUUUCUGCAAGAUGUUCAAAGUAAUUAUAAAUAUAAACUACAAAAUAAUUAAUCGCAUCAGUAUUCACCUGCAUCAGAUCAGUGGCUUUAGGCUUUGGAUUGUUGUAUUGCUGGAAAAUCUCCUCCCAAGGUGCAGUUUUUUUGCAGACUGUACCAUGCUAUCCUCUGGCAUUUUUUUCUUUUGUGUUUUGCUGCAUUUAUUUUACCCUUGACCCUCGCAAGCCUUCCCAAGCUGCAGAGAAUCAUCCCCACAGCAUGAUGCUGCCACUACCAAUAUGCUUCAUGGGGGGGAUGGUAAGACACUUAUAUGCAAAGCAACCUACAAAAGAGGUCAACAUAAUCAAAUAAACAUCAUCCUAUUUUGAGACAAGUGUUACAGGACAAAGUUACAAACUUGAUCAAGUGAUGCGUCCCUUAAGCUUUGUUUGUUUUUGAUUAUGUGCGGUGUUAAGCUUGCGCCAAUAUUGCCAUUUAGCCUUCUGUCCAAAAAGCUCAAUUUUUGUCUUAUCAUGCCAUAGAACCUUCUUCCAUCUGACUUCAGAAUCUCCCAUGUGCCUUCUAGGAAAUUCUAGCCGAGACAUCAUAAAGCUGUGACUGGUAAAGCACUUGGGCAACAGCUGUUGUCUGCACUGUCUUUCCAAUAAGAGCCACUGUAGCUUGUCCUUCAGAGUUAUCUUAGGUCUCUUGUGGCAUCUCUCAAUAGUCGUCUUUUUGCACCAUCAUUUAUUUUUGUAUACAAAUUGCUCUAUUCAGAUUUACAGCUAUGCCACACUCCUUUUUUUUUUUUUUCUUUCUUUCAUAAAGAUGAUGUAACUAGAUUCCAAGAGAUAUUCAGUGACUUGGAUAUUUUCAUGUACCCAUCCUGAUUUAUACUUUUCAAUCACUCUUUCAAAGAAUUGCUUGGAGUGUUCCUUUGUCUUCAUUGUGUAAGUAAGUCCAUGAUACUGACUUGCCCCAAGUUGGACUUUCCAGAUAAGGUGUAUUUAUACUACAAUCAGGCAGUGAAAUUCUAUUGAACUUAUAAGUGACUUAUAAAUCCUUUUAGCUACACUAGUGAUGAUUUAGGUGUGUCAUAUUCAAAGGGUGAAUACGUACAGGAUCAUAUUCAUAACUGAUUUACACCACACCUUUUUCUGUUGAUUAGUGUGGAAAAAAAGCUAAAUUCAUUCCACAGUGGUUCAUUGUUGUGUAAAAGAGUUUCUUAAAUUAUGCGUUGUGGGUUGCAAGUUACUGUUAUAUUUAAUGUGAAUAGUUUGCUUAUUUAUGUUUUGAGAAUUGGGUUACACUGGUUUGGUGCAUUUUGAUUAUACAGUCAACAUUGCUCUGAUGUUCUUCCUUUAUCCACACUCUGAUGAUCAGAGAUUCUCCCAACUGUCCAUCCCACAGAUCUGCCAAUUGGCAGAGAUUUGCCAAGGGGGAAGUAAACCCCAGCUUGCUUUGAUGGUUGUCUGUGAAUUUCCAAGGGGGACCUCUGCCUUUUCUGACAUCCAUCAAGGAAUUAAUGGGUCUUGAAGACAUGAAGAAGAGCAUGAUUGGAUUGGAACAAAAAAGUUUAAGAACCCCUGUUUCAAAACAAUAAAAUGCAAAAAAGUUAAGGGCAUGAGUACUUUAUAUAGGCACUGUAUUUAUAUUUGGAUUUUAAGUAUUUUAGGCCUUUCUCUUUGAUAAUUAUAAUCUCAACACAAGUCCCUUUUUAAUUGUUUUAAAGCAGUCAUCUAAAGCAGUUCAAGUCCCUUCGUUUAUUUUAAUAACAUCAAAACUAAUGCAGUUCAAGCUUUCCCUUGCAAUUUAAUUCAAUUCUUUUGAUCUGAUAUAAAUUGAUUUUAAAAAUUUCAUUGUUUUGUUUCAUGUUAAUUAUUUUGUUUCAUUGGUUUUUGGUAAUUCAUUUCAAAAAUCAUCAUUGCUGUAGGGUUGUUUAUAUAGGGUAAGUCUUUAAAUCCAAAUAAAAUCUGUAUAUGGCAGGCUAUUAGGCAUUAAUACAGUAUCAUUUUUCCUUUACCUUGUUAACUUAAAGUUUGUUUGUAAUACAGCCACCUUAUUAUUUUACAUGGAAACAAUGAGAGAUGAUUUGGAUGAAAUAGGAAGUUUCAUGAUAUCUUUGGUUACUUUUGUAGUAACUUUUUCUUCACUAUGUGAACCUUGUUAUAAGCCACCAAUAAAUGAAACUGACAUUUACUAAUGAAACCAUCCACAAAACAGGAAAUAAAGGUUUGGUUUAAACAGAUCAACUAAAAGUCCAUGUUAAUAUUUAAUUCAUACUGUUUUUGGAUGUCAGCUUUUUUGUUCAAUGUACAUAGUGUCAUUCACAUUACAUUCAUUGUACAAAUCUCUGGUUGAUUCUGUUUCUCUUUUCUGAUAUCUUUCACUGUGUGUCACAUGUCAUGGAUUUCCUCUUGUCGCCCCAUGCAGGUUCCUGCCAUGCUCAUGCCAUAGCUUCUUUGUUUUCAUCAGUUACAACAGGGGAUAGGCGGGUUAAGAUAAAUGAGUGAAAGUUUAUUUUUCAUUUGCUGCUCCCAACUUCAUGUUAAUCACAAUGUUUAAAUCUGAAUAUCUCAUGCUUCAAGACCCUUGCUUGAUGUUUCUAAAACAUGUUUCCCCAAAACUUUUAACACUAUAUUUCUUUUUUUGUCAGAUUGUAACUGCUGGCACUGGGGAAUGUCUAUGCACCUUACAGCAUGAAGUGGGUUAUAGGUGGUUUUGGAAGAUGAGGGGGAUAAACUGUGACAAUGACAGUUUUUAAAGUGCUCUAAUAACAUAAUGUACUUUUUGUCACACUGGUAGUAUUUCUGGCCUGAAGCCCUUGAUAGUGGAAAUGCAAUACACACUCAAGCCCAGUGUCAAGGGUUUGUAGUCUUUACUUGCUAAAUAUUUUUUUAAAAAGCUGCUCUGACAAAAUGGAUUUGUUGUAUGGUAUGUUUCCCAUUGCUAGAACUAAAAGAAAUCCAAUCUGGACAUUUUUUUGUUGCUGUACUUCCUUUUUUUUGGGGAAAAAGUUCUUUUGGCUAAAUACAGUACAUAAUCAAAUUUAUUUAUGAAUAAAAAGGGUAGCUUGUCACAAAUAAAAUACAUUGUAGUGUUGGGGUAAAAUCUUUCAGCAGGGUCUGUCCAGUUCUUAUUUAUUAAUAACCUCUCAGUAGUUAAAUGUAACUUAUCUAUCACUGCUUGCAUCUUUUAAAUUUAAUAUUGCUGAUGUUUUUUACUGAACAUUUGCUGGGCGGAAUGCAGCAGGUGUAAACCAAACUGCAUGCAUGUGAAUGCAAAUAUAAAAGUGCUAGUUUAGCAUAAACAAAUAGCGUUGGGAUUUGGAGGACAUCCUGAACACCAAAACAGCAACGAAAAUACCUGGGAAAACCUAAAACGAUGUUGAUUAAUGUUAUUGGCCUUCACAAUAACUGCUAAGUACAAACUGCACAACGAGUCCUGUAGAAAGUUUCACAGUCAGUGCAACAGCACAGCUAAAAUUGGACAAGUGGUGCACAUCACAGAGGUGCACAAGCAGCGUUCGUAAACUGCUAAAUCUAGUAGGCUAAAACUGUCUGGCUAUCAUUUUGUAACACAGAGAACAUCCAACAAAAAUGUAGUAAUGACCAAACUUAUCGAAGACUUGAAAAUAAAUUUCUCAUCUGCAUCAUUUCAGAGCCUUGUGCCAACUGCCUUAUCGAAUGUGUAAGUUUGUCAAACCCCAGCUGUUGUGCAACACCAUUGUGGUUUUUUUUUUUUAGUUACAGGUUUGUACUUAAAAUGAUAGAUUUAAAGUAACAGAUACAUUUUUCUACCAAAGUAAAAACAUAUGUUUUAAGAACACAUAAAAUGCCAUUUCUGUAAUUCUAGCACUGGUAGCAGUCUGUGGAAUUGAACCAGUAGAUGUAUCACACAAAAUGUGCGAAGUUCAGUGCUGUGAUGUGUGCUAUCUCUUGUACCGAUACACUAAAUAAAACAGUCCAAAACCAUCCUGUAGACGCUCCGGUACUAAUAAUUGUCAACAGUUCGUUCCAAAAUCCUUUUGCCUUUCUCUGGUAAAAUAUUCCACUGUCUGUUGAAUAUACUUUCCUAAUAAUCCUAAUUUAACAUACAAAUUGGCACAUGUAUCAAAGUGUACUGAAAUUUGGCUUAGAAGACUAGAUUUGCAUUUUUAUAACUUAUAGACUUAGCAAGUAGAACUGGAAGAAUGAAUAAAAGAUUGCAAAAUUAAUCUUUGCAGAAGAACAAUUGAAACUUUCACAAGAAGGUGUGAAGUGAAGACUGUGGUCUCUCUUCCACCUUUCCUACCUACAUUUCCUUUUGGAAGUGCCACAUUAGGGUGAUACAGGUGAAGUUCAGUGUGAGGAAACUGACAUUUUUAUAAGCGGUGAAAGUAACAGGAAUACAUUUUGUGAAAUAAUCUAGUCUGAGCAGCUCUAAUGUACAUUUGAUCUCCCCGCUGGUUAUGAGUGUUGAGGUUGCUUUGCAGUAUGUGUUGAAAAAAUGUGAUUAGGUGUUUAAUUAAAAGCUACAAUAUCUGCACAUUCAAGUGAAUCAAAUGUUAAUGCAAUGAGAGAGCUGAUGUAUUAAACGUUAGAAACAUUUAAAAAAAUCUAUAUUUAUAGUAUAGUUAAGUACAAUAGAAAUGCACCAAUUGUUUGUAUCCUAAAUAAAAUACUGGCUUUAAAAGAAACUCACAUUUUCUUUUUUAACGGAGCUUCAAAGCAGCAAGUGAUCAAUUUUAAAAUGGAUGUUGACACAACUGUUCAGCAAAAAUGAUUUCUGUUUUUUAGGCUAUUUUUACAAUCUGUUUACAGUUUGGAUUGAAGCAGUGGGGAAAAUGAAUAUGUGUGAGUGUGUUUAAUGUUAGGUUUCUGGUGUACGGAUUCCUGAACCGUUUAUUGGAUUUUGACACACAAAGGGAAAGGUUUGAAUGCUCACUUCCUGGAAUUAUUAUAUUAAUUACUGCUAAUGUUUUCAUUGACAAUUUUUAGGGCUCAGAGUAUUGUAACAUUUUGUUGUUAGAAUGUCAAGACUGAUAUAUUUCUGUUCUUCCAGUACAAUUCUUUCUCAUUUUCUUAUCCCAUGAACCUUUUUUUUCUGUCCAUAAAUAUUUUUAUGGUUAGUUUCUGACAAUGUCCAUUUGUUUUAUCAGUUUUAGAAUAUUUUGUCUAUUGCCUUGUUACAUGCAUGUUUCAUUUUGAAAAUAUGUACUGUGUAUAUUUUUACAGAAGGGCUUUUAUAGAUGCUCUUGGGUUAUUUAACUGCUUAUUUUUGAAUUUCAGAUAAUUACUUAGUGUUACAACACCUUAUUUCUGUAUUUUAAUUACAGCCUUGUAAAGGAAGCAUUUGUGUUUGUUUAAUUAGCCAGCAUAUUUAUAUUCUUCAUCCUCCCGAUGUUGCCACAAUUCUAAGUAAAUGAGGACUUUUUGCGGCUUUUUUUUUUUUGCUAUAAAUAAUUGUCUUCCUCAAAGAAUCAAACUAAUAGUGAAUUCUUUCAGAAUAUUUUUAGUCAGCCACUUGGGGGGGAAAAAUGCAGAGGUUAAUGUUGUCACUUAUUUAGCUGUUCUGUGAUAUUAACUGUUCUAAUUAAGGCAGAAAAAUCUGACUUCAGAAACUAAAAUAAUGAAUAAAGCGGAUGUGAUCUAUGAACAAAGUAUCCAUCUCAAAUUUCCUUUAAUCACUUUUUAAUUUUGUAGUAUUUUUGAUUCUGAGUAAGUAAUUGGUUUUGGAUCAAAAGCCUAAAGUGAUCCCCUGUGUUCAAAGCCUAUUGCUGCACAUUCCCACUUGAGAUUUUUGUUCCUAUUCUUUCUUAGUGUUAAUGAAGUGCCACAAGAUGGCAGUCAGUACCUGCAUUAUGUCAGUAAGCAUCUCCAUUCGCAUGAAGAGUAAUGUAAGGAGGCAGUAGAUUUUUUAUUUUUUUUUUUAUUAUAAAUAAGGCCUGUUUAAUUCCAUUUACAUUUUAACUGUUUAAAAUGGCGUUUGUUUGGGAUUAUUUAUUUAUGUUUAAAAUAAACUUUCACUGUAUUUGUCAAUAUAAACAAACUGCUUUCACUGUAUUCAAUCAAAAGAAAUUUGAAUUGUUCUGCAUCAAUCAUAUAAUUCUGUAAUUAAUUAAUUAAUUGUGAGGAGUAAAAAAAAUCAGGGAAAUGCUGAAGCUCUGUCCAAGUCAAUAUCUGAACAUUUUGUAAAUCGGGUUAUUCCUCAACAUGAAUAAGAUGUGUUACUUUGAAACUUUGGGACAUGUAUCAAAUGCUAAUUUAAGGAGAUACACAUGUAAAAUGUUCUGUAUGGAUUCUCUUGUUCUUUUAAAAAAGAAUAUAUGCUAUUUUGAUUGCCUGUUGUGGCUCUUUUGCUUCAGUGCUCAUUACAUUAUUAAACCUC